AUGAAAUACAUCUACAUAUACUUCAUUUUCGCUUACCUCUACUUCUUUGUUGAUGCCGAUCAGGUCCAAUUAGGAGCUGGUACCUCAAAAUGUGAAUGUCAAGACAGCAUAAAUGCAAUCCAGGCCGCAUUGAACCAGAGCUGCACCCAGUUGACAAGCAUCAGAGCAACAAUCAUAAGAAUCAGGCAAGAAAUCGACGAAAUUGAAAGCGAUCUCUGCAUCAAUGACGAUAAAAUCAAUUCGAUCAACGGCAACGUGACCGUAUUGGAGGAUCUCGUCAACAAUAACUACGAGCAAGUAAGCACCGAGGGCUUAAUUAUCAACGACAUCGAUUUUAGAAGUAAAGAAAUCCGCAUCGAACUUGAAGAAGUUGAUGAUCUUAUUACAGAAAACGAUGUUGAAAUCCAGCAAAUCAAUAGUACUCUUCUUGAUUUACAAGCGUGUGCUUGUACUCCCAGAACAACACCAGCAGAACAAUCAACCACUCCUUACUAUUUCCAUCAUUAA